UACUAGUUAGUACUUCUGUAACUGUGUUAGGAGGACUAACCCAUCCACACAGUACUAGUUAAUACUGCUGUAACUGUGUUAGGAGGACUAACCCAUCCACACAGUACUAGUUAGUACUGCUGUAACUGUGUUAGGAGGACUAACCCAUCCACACAGUACUAGUUAGUACUUCUGUAACUGUGUUAGGAGGACUAACCCAUCCACACAGUACUAGUUAAUACUGCUGUAACUGUGUUAGGAGGACCAACCCAUCCACACAGUACUAGUUAGUACGGCUGUAACUGUGUUAGGAGGACUAACCCAUCCACACAGUACUAGUUAGUACGGCUGUAACUGUUUGGAGGACCAACCCAUCCACACAGUACUGCUCAAUACUUCUGUAACUGUGUUAGGAGGACCAACCCAUCCCACAGUACUGGUUAAUACUGCUGUAACUGUAUAAUGCACUCAUCCACAGAGUACUGGUUGAUAACGCUAUAACUGUGUCAAACACCUACCCACACCGUGACAGCAGUAUUAACCAGUGUUGUCAUUUGGUGUGAUGCAAAAUCGUUAGAUUUUUUUUCUUCUUCUUCGACUUGGAUUUGAUUUGUCUAGAUCAAAGCGAAAAGAUCUUACCUCUGCGCUACAUCAGAAAACCUAAUUAGGCAGCAGGCUUUGGUAAUACAAGGCACAUCGUUUUGCUACUGCUCGAAUCCAGUUUAAAUUCCAAAUCACAUCAGCUGCUCGCUGAUGCUCCCUUGCAUGGGAAAGUGUAAAGCAAGACACAGUGUGCUUUGGGAGAAUUAGAGAGGCUCUAUUGGUUUAUUUACAUUAUGAACAGCCCUGCUGCAUGGCUGGCGGGGGAAACUAGAGACCGCCAUAGGGCUAGGACAUUGAGACGGACAGACGGGGAGACGGACAGACGGGUAGACGUUUGCCGACAGACAUACAAAUGCAGACAUGGAUACAGAUCAACAGACAGACGGCCUGACAGAUUGCCUCACUUGCAGACAGACGCAAGUACCAAAGCAGAGAUUGAUGGAGACCGACAGACGGGCAGACAGGGGGGAGACAGAGGGUCUCUCCAAGAGGGUGGACUGCUAGCGAUUGGACUGCUAGCGGUGGAAGAACUGAAAAGGGCUGAUUAUGCAGAACCCAGCGCAGAACCAAACCAGGUUCACGACUGCGUCGAAGCGUCAGUGCGGUCCUUGCGAUGUGUCGACGUGGAACCAUAAUCAGCCCUGUAGUGGGGGGACAGCUAUCGGUUGAACAGGUAGACUGAGGUGGACUGGUAGUGGGUGGACUGACAGCAGUUGGACAGGUAUAGGAUGGAGUGCUAGACAUUCACCUGCUCGAGUUGUGGACUGCGAGAGGUUGGACCGCUAGACGGUGGGAUUUCCAAACGAGGACAAGGGCGCCCAGCACAGUUCCCAAAAUAAAUAGAAUGUCGGGCAAAACCCUGAAUCGAUGCUCCAAAUGUUUUGCAGACGUUCAGAAGAAAGAGACGGAUGAAGAAUGUCCCCCAAAGUCUGCCCCCGGCACCAGCAACAACCAAUCAGAUGUUUUCUGCAACGAGUCAAACAGCAACCUCGGCCAAUCCCUCACGUCGACAGCUACCCCUUCAGAGGAAGCUCCGCUCAGCGAGGCGGGAACCACGUCACAUGCAGGCGAGGCGUUCUCCAGCACAGAGACAGCCAUGGGCACACUCUCACCCCCCACAAAACGCCCUUCUGACUCAGCAUCACAGUCGGAGGGGGAAUACUCCCCAGAGAAGCGAGCGAGGUUGAGGGAGCUGCCAGCGGAGCCUUCCUCCUCGUCUUCAACGUCUUCGGCGUCUUCCAGCAGCAGUAAGCAGCCGCGCCGCCGGCGCUGCCAUCGCUGCCACGCCAGGCUGGAGCUGGUCCAACUGGAGCUGGGCUCCUGCCGCUGUGGCCACGUGUUCUGCAUGCUGCACCGGCUCCCCGAGCAGCACCACUGCCUCUUCGACCAUCUGGGCCGCGGCCGGCAGGACGCCGUCCUCAAGAUGGUCAAGCUGGACCGCAAGGUGGGCCGCUCCUGCCAGCGCAUCGGAGAGGAGUGUUCGUGAGCACGCACACUCCUUCCCCCCAGGCGCACACCCAAACACCCCCCCCCCAUCUGGUCGGUCGCUUCGAGGAUGGACUCCCCCCUUUAUAGUUUUUUAGUUUUUGGGGCUUUUUGGCAGAUUUCUUGCUGGAUCUACGAAAACACCUCCCCCCUUUUACCCCAUCUCCCUGUCCAUUUCCUAUUUUGUAUCACUGCUGCUAAAUAGCCUUUUGGGAAUUGAAUCUUUUCAGCGAGAGGACAAUAACCAGAAGAAGAGAUCUAUAUAUAUAUAUAUUGAGAACACUUUUUACCUUUUUUUUCUCUCAGUUCUACAGUCCAGACAAAUCAAGAACAGGUAAGAGUUUAAGAUUAGAAAAUGCAAGAAAAGCUCGAAACAGUUUUUCAGCCAUGCUUCUGGGACUGCUUCUUACCUCCACCUCCAACAGUCGUGAAAUGAGAAGAGAAAUGGGGGGGAAAGUCAAGACUUUGGGUGGCUCGUCUUUACCUCAGAAUCAGAUGGAGCUGUUGAGCCCCCAGCUCUGGACCCCACAGGGGAGACCGCAGCUAGUAAUUCAGCCUCGCCUGAUGUCAGUGUCUUACCCACACACACACACACACACUUUGCCCACAAACAUCACCUCAGGUUAUUGUAAUACCAGUCCAAAGUCCAAACAGUAAAAGUCUUAACCUUCCCUACGACCCCCUCCAGCUCGUUUUCUUCCACAAGACAGAAGAACUGUUAAGGGACGCUCUGUCUUAUGUGAGGUUACCGCUCAGCGGGAUGCGGUGAGAACUAAUGGGGAGUGUGUUGAACUCAGAGAGCGUCUGAAGACCUGUGAACCGCUCUUCCGAUUGAAAUGUCUAUCUUUGGAAUGUCUGCCGUGUGAUUGGUCUGUCCAUCUUUUCAGGGUUCUAAGAUUGAUUUUUGCAGUUUUUCUUUAUUAAUCCACUUUGUUUUUUCCCCCUGCAAUUCCCUACUCCAAGUUGAAUGGCAACAAUGGCAAUGAAAGACAAAGAUGUAACCGAUACACCAAGCUUGUGCUUACAAUGUAUGAUUAAACCCAAACAACAAACAACUGUUAUAUAGUAUGGUUCAUGAUAUUUUUCGGUGUCAAGAUAUUGGUGUAUUUCUCCUAAUAUUCAUUAUAUAAGACAAGAACUUUGUUUUCCAUCAGCCCCCACUGGAGAAG